CGUCCAACCCCCCUCCCCUUUCUUAUACCCUCCUUCCGAUCCCUCGCUUCGGUACCACUCCAGUUGUUCCGGUUGCGCUUGCAGAGAGAUCGGGUCGGGGAGGAGGAGGAGGAUGACGGGAGGGCGCGCGGUGCUCUUGCUGCCGCUGCUGCUGGUGGCCUCGGCGCUCUUCGCCCAGAUCCACGCGUCGGAUCCGUUGUUCCACGAGUCCUUCGACGAGGGCUUCGAGGGGAGCUGGAUCGUCUCCGGCAAGGAAGAGUACUCAGGUGUAUGGAAGCACGAGAAGAGUGAUGGCCAUGAAGACUAUGGUCUCCUUGUUAGCGAGCCAGCCAGGAAAUAUGCCAUAGUCAAAGAGCUUGAUAGCCCUGUUACUUUGAAGGAUGGGACAGUUGUCCUGCAGUUCGAAGUGAGGCUUCAGAAUGGCCUCGAGUGUGGAGGUGCUUACCUUAAGUACAUUCGCCCUCAGGAGGCUGGAUGGGAUGCCAAGGAAUUUGACAAUGACACUCCUUACACAAUUAUGUUUGGUCCUGACAAAUGUGGUUCAACCAACAAGGUUCACUUCAUCCUGAAGCACAAGAACCCCAAGACUGGCAAAUAUGUUGAACAUCACCUCAAGUCCCCACCCUCUGUCCCAUAUGACAAGCUCUCUCAUGUCUACACGGCUAUCUUGAAGCCGGAUAACGAGGUCAGAAUUUUGGUUGAUGGGGAGGAGAAGAGCAAAGCAAACUUCAUGUCCGCUGACGAUUUUGAGCCAGCACUUAUUCCAUCAAAGACUAUUCCUGACCCUGACGACAAGAAGCCAGAGGACUGGGACGAGAGAGCUAAAAUCCCUGAUCCAGAUGCAGUGAAGCCUGAUGACUGGGAUGAGGAUGCCCCAACAGAAAUUCUGGAUGAGGAGGCCACCAAGCCAGAAGGAUGGUUGGAUGAUGAGCCUGAGGAAGUUGAUGACCCAGAGGCUGCUAAGCCUGAAGACUGGGAUGAUGAGGAGGAUGGCGAGUGGGAGGCACCAAAGAUCGAUAACCCCAAGUGUGAAGAGGCACCUGGAUGUGGUGAAUGGAAGAGGCCGAUGAAGCAGAACCCUGCAUACAAGGGCAAGUGGCAUGCACCCCUGAUUGACAACCCCAACUACAAGGGAAUCUGGAAGCCCCAAGAAAUCCCCAACCCUGAAUACUUUGAGCUUGACAAGCCUGACUUUGAUCCGAUUGCUGCUACUGGAAUUGAGAUCUGGACAAUGCAGGAUGGCAUCCUUUUUGACAACAUUCUAAUUGCUGAUGAUGAGAAGGUAGCCAUGUCUAUCUUGGAGAAGACAUGGAAGCCUAAGUUUGUUGUUGAGAAGGAAAAGCAGAAGGCUGAGGAGGCUGCAGCAGCCGAGUCAGAGGACCUUUCUGAGUUCCAGAAGAAGAUCUUCAGCGUUUUGUACAAAAUCGCCGACAUUCCGUUCUUGGAACCAUACAAGAUCAAGAUCAUUGAUUUAAUUGAGAAGGGAGAGAAGCAGCCCAACAUUACAAUUUCGAUUUUGGCCUCAGUUGCUGUCAUCCUUGUUACUGUGCUCUUCAGAACCAUUUUCGGUGGCAAGAAGGCAGUGGCACCUGUGAAGCCCGCUGCUGUGGUGAAGAAGCCCAGUGCCACGGAAGCCGAUGCCGCCGGAAGCAGCGGUGACAAGGAGGACAAGGAGGAUGAAAAGGAUGACACGGCUGCACCACGCAGAAGGUCGCGAAGGGAGACGUAGGCCAGACCUUCACAUUUUCGGACGUCUCGGUCCUCGCCUUUUUGUGAACUCCUCGAGUGUAUAAUCGAACAGUCUUGCCGCCGCUUCAGCUGCUACCCCUAGUUUUAAGUCACUAGAAUCUACGAGCCGGUGAAGCUUUGUGUUGUUUGUGUGAUGUCCUGAAUCAGCUAGAAGUGAUUUUCUUUUUCUUUUGUAUCAAAUGAAACUUGAAAGGAUCUUUUGAUAUUUAGAUGAUGUUCAU